CUCUCUCUAUUAAUAAACCUUCUCUUGUACAUGUAUUGCACUAAUUAUAUCUAUCUACAUUUCAAAGUCUUUCCUUUCUUUUUUUAUCUCUUUCUUAGCAAAAAUGAUAUUUCCAACUAAACCUCAUGUUGUUCUACUUGCAAGCCCGGGCUUGGGCCACCUUAUCCCCAUGAUCGGGCUCGCUACCCGUCUAACCAAACACCACGGCUUCCACGUUACCAUCUUCGUUGUAACGAUGGAGCCCGGCCCGAAUAAACACAACCUCCUCCCUAACAACCAGUCUUAUAAUACAAGCCAAGAUUUGUACAACCUAGUUGUGCUCCCCUACGUGGACUCCUCGGCCCAAAUGGGCCUAACUGAUAAGAUCAUGACCCGACUUUCCAUUAUGAUGCGAGGUUAUAUUCCGACCCUACGGGCCGAGCUAGGGUCCAUGCAACACAACCCGACCCUCCUCGUUGUGGAUCUUUUUGGGACAGAGUUCCUUAGCCUUGCAAACGAGUUUAACAUGAUCAAGUAUGUUUAUAUCCCUUCAAAUGCAUGGUUCUUAGCGGAGACAAUAUGUGUACCCCUCCUUGAUAAACAAGUCAAACAUGAAGGCCCCCUGAAUAUCUCGGGUUGUAAACGGGUCGAGUACGAUGAUAUACUCGACCCGGUUUUUGACCCGGGAAAUAGGGACUACGACGUGUACGUCAGCAUUGCUCUUGAUAUAGGGACAGCUGACGGGGUGCUGGUCAAUACUUGGGAACAGUUGGAGCCUAAAACACUAUUUUCCUUGAAAAAUAAUAACAUAUUAAGAGAGAUAUUUAAUAAGCCGGUUUAUCCGGUCGGACCGUUAGUCCGGCCGGUUAGACCAGAGUGUUUAGGGGGUGAGUUAUUAGAAUGGCUAGAUGAGCAGCCUAAAGACUCGGUCCUCUAUGUCUCCUUUGGAAGUGGGGGCACUUUGUCAAGUCAACAAACCAUAGAGUUAGCUUGGGGUUUAGAGAUGAGUCAACAAAGAUUUAUUUGGGUGUUACGUCCACCAAUUGAACAUGAUGUAGCCGGGGCCCUCUUCCAUGCAAUGGACGGUCAAGAUAAAAACAUAACCCAAUACUUGCCUCCCGGGUUCAUGACCCGGACCCGCAACUCGGGUAAAGUGAUCCCCAUGUGGGCCCCACAAACCGAGAUAUUAGCUCAUUCGUCAGUUGGAGGGUUUCUGUCACACUGUGGUUGGAACUCGACUUUGGAGAGUCUGGUCAACGGCGUGCCUAUCAUAGCGUGGCCUCUGUACGCGGAGCAGAACAUGAACGCGGCGUUGGUCGAGGAGGACCUCGGGGUGGCGAUACGGCCGAAGGUGUUGCCGACCAAAGGGGUUGUGGGUAGAGAGGAGAUUAUGGAGAUGAUAAACAAGAUUAUAGAAGAAGAUGAUGAUGGGGUUAAGAUGAGAGCUAGAGUCAAAGAAGUGCAAGAAAAUGCCAUAAAGGCUUACACAAUUGAAGGGUCAACUUGGAAGUCAUUUGGUCAAGUGGCUAAUAAUUGUGAGAAUAGGUUAAAAGAACAAAGAGCCAAGGCAACUUAAUAUAUAGUUUACGUUACAUUGAUUUAUAGUUUGAAAUUAUCAAAAAUAAAUAAAUAGUUUGAAUCAAAAUCAAA